UCCUGUGUUGCAGACAUGCUGUUGGUGACCACCAACCCGUAUGACUACCACUUCUGCUCUCAGGGUGUCACCACAGUGGAAGGCAUGGACGAUGGAGAGGAGCUGAGGCUCACUGAUCACGCCAUGGACACGUUGGGCUUCACUCCAGAGGAGAAGUACGGCUGCUAUAAGAUCGUUGGAGCCAUCAUGCACUUUGGUAACAUGAAGUUCAAGAAGAGGCAGAGAGAGGAGCAGGCCGAGGCCGACGGCACAGAGAGUGUGGAUAAAGCAGCCUAUCUGAUGGGCAUCAGCUCUGCGGACCUGAUGAAAGGCCUGCUGAACCCGCGCGUUAAAGUUGGAAACGAGUUCAUCGUUAAAGGACAGACGGUAGAACAGGUCAACUUUGCAGUGGCAGCCCUGGCCAAAGCCACUUACGACCGUAUGUUUAAGUGGUUGGUGAGUCGCAUCAACUCGUCCUUAUACACCGCUCUGCCUCGUCAGUACUUCAUCGGAGUCCUCGACAUCGCCGGCUUUGAGAUCUUUGAGUUCAAUAACUUUGAGCAGCUUUGUAUCAACUUCACGAACGAGAAGCUGCAGCAGUAUUUCAACCACCACAUGUUCAUCCUGGAGCAAGAGGAGUACAAGACUGAGGGGAUAGAGUGGACCUUCAUAGACUUCGGUUUGGACUUACAGGCCUGCAUUGACCUCAUAGAGAGGCCCAUGGGUAUUCUGUCCAUCAUGGAGGAGGAGUGUAUGUUCCCCAAGGCCACGGACAACAGCUUCAAAACCAAACUCUAUGACAACCACCACGGGAAGUCCCCCAACUUCCUGCGGCCGCGGCCGGACAAGAAGCGCAAAUAUGAGACACACUUUGAGCUGGUUCACUAUGCUGGAGUGGUGCCGUACAAUAUCACAGGAUGGCUAGAUAAGAACAGAGAUCCUCUGAAUGAGACGGUGGUGACUCUGUUCCAGAAAUCCUCCCACAAACUAAUGGCUGGACUGUUUGGGGACUACAUCAGCUCUGAGAUGGCCGGAGAUCCAAAGGCUGAAGGCAAACACAGGAAGAGGAGAGCUGCUUCCUUCCAGACUGUUUCACAGCUACACAAGGAGAAUCUUAAGAAGCUGAUGGCAAACCUCCGCAGCACUCAGCCGCACUUUGUGCGCUGCAUCAUCCCCAACAACUCAAAGAGUCCAGGUUUGAUGGAUCCCUUCCUGGUUCUCCACCAGUUAAGGUGUAACGGAGUCCUGGAGGGGAUCAGGAUAUGCAGGAAGGGCUUUCCAAACCGUAUCCUGUAUGCUGAGUUCAAACAACGUUAUCGCAUCCUAAAUCCUAUUGCGAUUCCUGAGGACUCGUUUGUGGACAGCAGGAAAGCUGUGGAGAAACUGCUUGGCUCUCUGGACAUAGACCACACCCAGUACAAGUUCGGACACACUAAGGUUUUUUUUAAGGCCGGUCUGUUGGGUAUUUUGGAGGACAUGAGGGACACCCGUCUGUCUGAGAUCCUCACCAUCGUUCAGGCAAUGGCCAGAGGAAAGCUGAUGAGGAUGGCACGACAAAAGAUGAUGCUGCAAAGGGAUGCUGUAAUGGUGAUCCAGUUCAAUCUCAGAGCGUUCUUCUCUGUGAGAACUUGGCCGUGGAUGAUGUUGUACUAUAAGCUUCGCCCGAUGCUCAGGAGCGCCCAGGUGGAGAAAGAACUGGCUGCUCUCAGAGAAGAGUUCAAGAAGUUAAAAGAGGCCUUUGACAGAUCAGAGAUAAAGCGUCGGGAGGCGGAGGAGCGGCAGGUGGUUUUGGUUCAGGAGAAAAACGACCUGGGUCUGCAGCUCCAAGCCGAACAGGACAACCUGACGGACGCAGAGGACCGCUGCAACCAGCUGAUUCAGUCCAAAAUCUCUCUGGAGUCUAAGCUGAAGGAGAUGCAGGAACGUCUAGAAGAUGAGGAGGAGAUGACAGCUACACUGACGUCCAACAAACGUCAGCUGGAGGAGGAGGUGAUAUCCCUAAAGAAAGAUGUGGACGACUUGGAGAUGACUCUGGCUAAAGUGGAAAAAGAGAGACAUGGGCUGGAGAACAAGGUGAAGAACCUGUCCCAUGAGAUGUGUGUUCUGGAUGAAUCCAUAGCGUCUCUGACGAGAGAGAAAGUCGCCCUUCAGGAAGCUCACCAACAGGCUCUGAAUGACCUUCAGGCACAAGAGGACAAGGUCAACAUGCUGGCCAAGGCGAAAGUUCGGCUGGAGCAGCAAGUUGACAAUCUAGAAAGUUCCUGGGAGCUGGAGAAGAAGGUGCGUUUGGAUCUGGAACGAACCAAACGGAAGCUGGAGGGAGAUCUGAAGCUGUCUAUAGACUCAGUGAAGGACUUGGAGAACCAGAAGGAAGAGCUGGAUGAGAGGCUUAAAAAAAAAGACUUUGAGUCGGGUCAGCUUCAAUCUAAACUGGAGGACGAACAGAGUUUGGUUAAUCAUCUUCAGAAGAAGAUCAAAGAGCUGCAGACUCGUAUCGAGGAGCUGGAGGAGGCACUGGAUGCGGAGCGGGCGUGGCGCUCCAAAGCUGAACGUCAGAGGAACGACAUCUCCAAAGAGCUUGAGGAGCUGGGAGAGAGACUGGAGGAGGCAGGAGGAGCCUCUGCUGCUCAGAUCGCUCUCAACAGGAAGAGGGAGGCAGACUUCCUGAAGAUGCGGCGGGAUCUAGAAGAAGCAGGGCUUCACCACGAGGCGAUGGCCGCCACUCUGAGAAGGAAGCACUCGGACACGGUGGUGGAGCUCAGCGAGCAGAUCGACACUCUGCAGAGAACCAAACAGAAACUAGAGAAAGAAAAGAUCGAGUUCAGGCUGGAGGCCGACGACCUGGCUGCUAGCGUGGAGCAGCUGUCCAGGAACAAGGGAGCUGUGGAGAAGAUGUGCAAGGUUUUUGAGGACCAGCUGAAUGAAAGCAGGAGCCGAGCAGAGGAGCUGCAGAGACAGCUGACUGAUGUUUCUGCUCAGAAAGUACGAGCGCUCACAGAGACUGCCGAGUACAACCGUCGUCUGGAGGAGCGGGACGUUAUGAUAAGUCAGCUUCAGCGCUCCAAGGCGGGGGUUUGCCAAAACUCUGAAGACAUGAAGAGGCAGCUGGAGGAAGAGAGCAAAGCUCGUGUCUCGCUGGCUCAUGCGGUGCAGGCGUCCCAUCAUGACAGCGGUUUGCUCAGAGAGCAGCUGGAGGAGGAGCAGGAGGCCAGGGCUGAGCUGCAGAGGGAGCUGUCGAAAGCCAACGGCCAGGUGGUCCAGUGGAGAGCAAAGUACGAGACUGACGCUGUGCUGAGAAUAGAAGAGCUGGAAGAUGCAAAGAAGAAGUUGGUUGUCAAACUGCAGACAGUUGGUGAAGCUGUGGAGAUGUCUCAUGCCAAAUGUUCCUCACUGGAGAAAACCAAACAGAGUAUGCAGACAGAGAUUGAAGACCUGGUGGUUGAACUGGAACGAACCAACGCUGCUGCUCUGGCUCUGGACAAGAGGCAACGCAACUUCGACAAGUUGUUGAGUGACUGGAAGCUGAAGUUUGAGGAGAGUCAGACAGAUCUGGAGGCGUCGCAGAAAGAGUCGCGCAGUCUGAGCACCGAGCUCUUCAAACUGAAGAACUGCUAUGAAGAAGCUCUGGACCAACUGGAGACAGUUAAAAGAGAAAACAAGAACCUGCAAGAGGAGAUAAUGGACAUGACGGAUCAGAUCAGUCAGGGAGGGAAGAACAUCUAUGAGCUGGAGAGAAUGAAGAAGAUCCUCGAUGUGGAGAAGAGUGACCUCAGAACAGCACUGGAGGAAGCAGAGGGUACUCUGGAGCAUGAGGAGAGUAAGACAUUGAGAUUUCAGAUGGAGCUGCAGCAGAUAAGGAGUGAGAUCGAGCGCAAGAUUAGAGAGAAAGAUGAAGAGAUCGACAACCUCAGGCGGGGUCACCAGCGCUCCCUGGAGACCAUGCAGGCCAGUUAUGAGGCGGAGGUUCGUAGCCGCAGUGAGGCCGUCCGUCUGAAGAAGAAGAUGGAGUGUGACCUAAACGAGAUGGAGGUUCAGCUGGGACACGCUAACAGACAGGCAGCCGAGAGCCAGAGGAUCAUCAGACACCUACAGACACAGGUUAAAGAGCAUCAGGUGGAUCUGGAAGAUAAGGUCCAGUUGGCCAAUCAGCUUAGAGAACAGAUCAUCCUGUUGGAGCGACGUUGUUCACUGAUGACGGCUGAGGAGGAGGAGCUGCGUGGGAUCCUGGAACAAACCGAACGCGUCCGCAAGAUGGCCGAACACGAGCUGGUGGAGGUCAUAGACAGAGUUAACCUGCUCGCUACACAAAACACAGGUCUGAUGAACCAGAAGAAGAAGCUGGAGGCUGAUCUGGCUGUGCUGACAGAAGAGGUGGACGAGGCCAUGCAGGAGAGUCGCAGUGCUGAGGAGAAAGCCAAGAAGGCCAUCACUGAUGCGGCUCUGAUGGCGGAGGAGCUGAAGAAGGAGCAGGACAGCAGCAAUAUGAUUGAGAGAAUUAAGAAGAACAUGGUGUCCACAGUGAAAGAGCUGCAGGUCAAACUGGAUGAGACGGAGCAGAUGGCGCUGAAGGGAGGAAAGAAACAGCUCAAUAAACUGGAGACAAGAGUGAGGGAUCUGCAGACGGAGCUGAUGAUGGAGCAGAAGAAGAGCGACGAGUAUCAGAAAGGAUUCCGCCGCUACGAGAAGAGAGUCAAAGAACUGACGUAUCAGUCAGAAGAGGACAGGAAGACUCUGCUGAGGAUGCAGGAGCUCGUCGAUAAGCUUCAGAGCAAAGUCAAGAGCUACAAGAGACAAGCAGAGAACGCUGAGGAGCAUGUGAGCUGCAGCACGGUACGUUUCAGGAAAGUCCAACACGAGCUGGACGACGCCGAGGAGAGAGCCGACAUGGCCGAGACGAACGUCAACAAGUUGCGGAUUCGGACCCGCGAACAGACGAGCAAAGUGGUCAUGAUCAUUGAAUGAAGCUCUGCUCUUCUUCAAACACCAUCAAUGUUCAUGGUUUUAGUGUGAUGUUUGAUUGCUGUGUGUUUCAGUCUGAUGUGAUGGGGGGGGGCUGCAUUGCAUCUACUUUAAUGUAACCAUAUGUUUCUAUAUGUCUCCACAGUAAAGCAUUGUGAACAGGUUUGAACGGGAAGUGUCGAGGGCAGCGAGUAUGCACCAUAGCUGGUAUUCAGUGACGAUGCAGGUUUGUAGUACUGAACAGCAGAGUUACGUUGAGCUGCUGAAAGUAACAUUUUGUAGCUAUUUUACCUUAAAAUUUAGCUUCAAAAUCAUUUUGAUGCUCCACUGAGAAUUGUGCCUAAAUUGAUUUUGAUGAAACUGGAUCAUAUUUUAUGGAGAAAAUGUCCUCCGGCUGCUCUGCCUCGACUUCUGGUGAUUCAAGAGUUUCCUGACAGAAAGCUUUACUUGUUGCUAAAGUAACGCUAACUGCUGCGAACAUUAGCUAUCGUCCGAUCGUUAGCUGUUGCACUUGCUUGAUGUAUUUUCUGAGAUAACAAAGACUCGCUAGUUUUCGAUCAUUCAUAAGUAAUGUAAUCGUAACAAAUGCACGUGUAAUGUUACAGCUGUCCAGGAUUACUACAGCAUGUACGAGCUAAUUGCACUCUGAAACUAUAGAGGCGCUAAAUUACGAAUCAUGUUGCUUUUAUGCUAAUCUUUGUCAGACAGUACUGAGUGAAUUAGUAACAUUAUUUGAGGUUGUAAUGCUUAAAUCACUGGUAGUUCAUGUCAAAUAUAAAAGAAAUGGAGGGAGAUAGCGAGAGAAGGCGAGAGCGUUAGUCAGAGUAAGACAGAGUGUGAGGCUGUGGCUAUUUCCUGAAGCUAUACCAGCGCAGACUGGGUAUAUACCAACCAUGAAGACAUGUCAGUAGAAAUGAUCACUUAGUUCAUCUCUCUUCCCCUCACUACACAGAGCCCCCCCGAUUCCGGCUUCUUUUAUUAUUCAUUUUGAGUGAACAUUUCUCUGGUUGUUGCUGAACGUGCAUGUUUUUGGAGCUGAGAAAGUUGAGGACAAAAUAAAAUAUAGAUUAUGGGACAAUGAUUUAUGACUGCAGCAUCUGUCAGUGACAGUGGCUAUGUUUAUUUAAGUUACAUACAGUACAUUAUAUUAAACCUGCAUUCAUGUUUUUAAUCACAAUAUACUAUGUUUUAUAUAUUAACAUUAACUCAAAUGUUAAAGUGUCUCUCAUAGUGAUGAACACACUGAGAAUCGUCUCCAACUGCAGCUUCUUUUAGCUUUUUACUGUGUGGUCGAGUCCGUAAGACUCUCACCAGCCCUCCACAUACAACUACAGUCAGCUGUUACCAAACAAACUUACACCAAUACAUCAUCCUGUUGCUCUGUGUCUGCUGGAGCAGGCAGCUGAUGCUAACACAUUAGCCACAACUACUUUAUAAACUCCAGAGCAGGUUUUCUGCCCCCUAGUGGUCAGAAACCCUUCAGUACAGCUUAAAUGUGA